GUUAAGCUUCUUUGGCAUUUUAACAUUGAUUACUCGAAACCGAGCGCCUCUGGAAUGGUGAGCGCCUCGUUGACGUCGAGUCCAACCUUGAGAGAAAUCGGGUGGUUAUCUCAUCCUGGUAAAAAGGGAGGCGGUAAAGCCUCGUCCCUCUACAUCUUCCUGCAUUGCGUGGUCAAUCGUGACAGUUCGUUCCUCUACACCGUCUCUCACACAAUGAUCGAUCCCGGGGAUCGGCUCUGGGCAGGAUCCGGCGCGUUGCUCACGGGCGGGCCGUAUACCUGGCAGUUCACCGACUUCGAUGAGAGAAAGACCUUCUCGGUCACAACAUAUGCAAACCCGUUUCCCGUCGAAGACGUCGAGGGAACCGAGGAAAUCUGUCUGGCCAAGCUCCAGAAGCACAUCGACCAACUGGGCGAUGGUGUCUUCGGUCUUCGCUUCUUAGACCCGGAUGGCCCCGUUUGACUC